CUAACCUAUAAAUGUCAUAGCGUUAUGUAUUAAUAUAUUAAUGGUUAUAAAUUAAACAUAUUAUAAGUAAAGUAGUUUAACAAAUAUAUUGAUUUUUAAAAGUUCUAAUAAUGAAUAUUUUAAAGGAAAUGCUAAAAGGCAAUUUAUUUAAUGGUUUUGUUAAAACUUCGACAAGUCAUUUACCACUAAGACAAUUAUCUGCUGGAAUUGUUCAGCCAGCAGUUAAUAAUGAGUCGAAACCCUAUGUACAAAUAUCCGAUCCAGAUAAACUAUAUAGUAAAUUAGAUAUUGAACUUCGAGGCAAUGAACCAGCCGUAUUGAAAAGUUAUACAUGGUUUGCAACUACAGCAGCUAGUCAUUUGGGGAUAGAAAUUGGAAAAUGUUGGUCUUUGAGAAAAGCAAAACAUCAUCGCAUGACCUUACUUAAAUCUGUACAUAUCUUUAAGAAACAUCGGGUUCAGUAUGAGAUAAGAACUUAUUUUCAUUUUAUGACGUUUCAUAAAUUGACGGGUUCAACUUUGGAUACAUUUUUGGAAUAUAUUGAAAGAAAUUUACCCGAGGGAAUUGCAUUAAAAGCCACAAAAACAGAAAUACAAGAAAUGCCAGAGCAUUUGAGACAACCUCCUGAAAUUGAGUCUCAAUAGUAAGAUUAACCGU